AUGGCAUACCAAUAUGAUAUAAGGUAUAAACCAACAUCACAGCACGGGAACGCCGACGCCCUUUCACGACUACCAUACGCAGCUGAUCCUGAGUUUGACAAAACCGAAGCAUGUUUGAAUGUGGAUCACUUUGAAACACCCGUAAACCCCAGCUUAAUAUUGAAGCAUCUUGAAACAGAUGACACUCUUAAGAAAGUUCGCAGCUUCAUACGUGUUGGUUGGCCAAAGCACCUAUCAACCACCAAUUCGCACAUUUUACCGUUUUUCAAUAAAAAAAUUUCUUUAACUGUUAAUAAUGAUAUUAUAUAUUUGCAGGGCCAAGCAAACCGAGUUGUCAUUCCGCUGUCCUUACGUAAACGUAUCUUGCAGCUCCUGCAUGACGGCCAUUGGGGCGUGGUGAAAAUGAAGCAGCUUGCUCGCAGCCACUGCUGGUGGCCGGGUAUCGACAAAAGCAUCGAGAACCUCGCUAAAGACUGCAAAAUCUGCAAAACGAACUCAUCUAAUCCUGCUUGCGAAUUCAGCAACUGGCCGGAGGCCGCACGACCAUGGGAGCGUGUGCACAUUGACUUCGCGGGCCCUGUAUUUAAUCAUAUGUGGCUAGUAUGUGUAGAUGCAUACUCGCAAUAUCCCUAUGUGACACAGCUGAAAACAACGACGACGACAGAUACCCUUAUGGCUCUAUCCGCCAUAUUCGCUAUUGAAGGGCUUCCCGAGACGCUGGUCAGUGACAAUGGGCCGCAACUGACAGCCGACCUCUUCAAACAAUUUUGCGCUAAAAAUGGAAUAAAACAUGUCACAUCAGCACCUUUUCACCCGGCAUCAAACGGAUUAGCUGAACGCUUUGUUCGCACUUUCAAAACGGCAAUGGUCAAGAAUUUGCAAGAUGGCUUGUCGAUUCCAGCUGCUUUGAUAAAAUAUCUUUCGACGUAUCGUUCAAUGCCCAACGCUGAAGGUAAGACACCUGCACAACUAUUACAUGGUCGCGCCGUUCGCACGUUGCUAUCGCAAGCACUGCCAAUCACUCAGAGUACACCGAACAACAAGGCCAACGCAAAAUUUAAACCCUCGCAACUGGUUUACAUGCGGAAUUAUGCUCGCGGCCCUAAGUGGAUAAAAGGUUGCAUCGACAGAGUUCUGGGCAAAAUGACGUACAUCGUACAUUCCCCGAUGGGCUAUCAAAAACGACACCAAAACCAACUCAAGGAAAGAAACGAAGAUCGUCCCACAGCGCAACCUUUUUUCGACGCCACUGUACAUAAACAUUCGUCUUGCGCUGUUAAUCCCGCUGAGCGUAACAUUACGGAGCAGAGCACCUCUCUUCAUGAAUCGCCUGCAGCUGAACCACUUCGCAGAAGUGAGCGCAACCGAAAUCCGGUUGAUCGUUUUAUGGUUGAGGAUUUUCAAAAAUAG